UUUAGGAUCAUUUUCUUCUAGAUUUCGAGCAGGCGAUCCGUUUCCACAUCUUUUCCUCAUCCGAAAAGCGUGGAAGCUCGUGAUUUCUGGUUGGCAAUGGCGUCCUCGAUGUGGAUGUCUCCGCAUUCGCUCGUGAUCCAUUGCUUUUCUCCCAAUCCGAUAAGACCUAGAUCGUCCCCAGAUGAUCCCAAUCCUCCGAGAAAAUGGGAUUCGUUUCGCAGUCUCUGGACGAGAUCGUCGACGAGAUCAUGCGAACGCUCCGGUCACUCCCUCCGAGGCCCGGCGGUGAAGAUGUUGAGGCCGCAAUGGAGCUUGUGCGCAAUGUGGACAGAGAGGAGCAGUCACGGAUCGACGCCAUUGCAAGGCAGAGAAAGUCCUUCGAAGUCCCCGACGACCUCUUCUUUGUGCUUCAGGAGAUGCAGCGGAGCUUGGUCUUCUCACAGUGCAAGGAUCAGAAGAGGGAAGCUCUCAAGUUGCUUGAUCUUGAGAAUGUCCAUCAGUUGUUUGAUGAAUUGAUUCAGAGAGCCUCCAAGUGUAUUCCUAUACCUACCGCUGUCGUUGCUUCUGCUGCUAGUACUGCUCCUCCUUCUACUGGGUCUAAUGGUAGCUCAACUACAUCACUGUCUACUGCCUCUUCUUCACCGGCCACUGCUUCUAGUUCAAAGACGGGCUGUGAUUCAUCCAGCACUUUUUCAUCAUCAGCAUUCUACUCGGAGGGCGAUGGUGGGAAGAUCAUAAGACAUGCUUCUCGGGAUGAUAGUUUCUUGAAGAGUACCCAUAGUGAUGGAAUGAACCUCCAAUUGAAUAGUUCUGCAUUCAAGCCUGUCCCUGCUUCUGUAGGAGAAGUCACUGAGAAAUUGAGUUUAAUAAAAUUAGCUAGCUUGAUUGAGGUUUCUUCAAGGAAAGGCUCCAGGGACCUCAGCCUUCAGAACAAGCUGAUGGAUCAGAUAGACUGGUUACCUGACUCAAUAGGAAAGCUUUCUGGCCUUAUUACUCUUGACCUGUCGGAAAACCGGAUACUCAUCUUGCCUAGGACAAUUGGUACACUUUCUUCUCUAACAAAACUGGAUCUUUGCUCGAAUCGGCUUGCUGAACUUCCCGAUUCUUGUGGAGAUCUUAUCAGUCUGCAGUGUUUAGGAGUACGGGGGAAUCAGUUGACCACAUUGCCCGCAAGUUUUGGCAGAUUGACAAAUUUGGUAGAGCUUGACUUGAGCUCCAACAGGCUUUCCAUCCUCUCAGAUGCAAUUGGUAAUCUGAGUUCUUUGAGGAAGUUAAUUGUUGAGGCAAACGAUUUAGAGGAACUUCCCUAUACUAUUGGCAAUUGUACUUCUCUUGUGGAGCUCCGAGUUGAUUAUAACCGCCUAAAAGCCCUUCCUGAAGCUAUCGGAAGGCUCGGGUCUUUAGAGAUUCUCUCCAUUCGCUAUAACAAUAUUAAAGGAUUCCCUACCUCCAUGGCAUCUAUGCUGAAACUGAAGGAGCUUGAUGCUAGUUUUAAUGAGCUUGAGUUGAUACCUGAGAGCUUGUGUCUAGCUACAAACCUUGUCAAAUUGAAUAUUGGGAAUAAUUUUGCUGAUCUACAAUCAUUGCCGCGUGCCAUUGGUAAUCUUGAAAUGCUGGAAGAGUUGGAUAUAAGCAACAAUCAGAUACAGGUCCUUCCAGACUCAUUUGGUAUGCUUACACAUCUCCAUGUGCUUUAUGCUGAAGAAAACCCAUUAGAAGUGCCUCCGAGGCAUAUAGUCGGAAUGGGUGCAGAGGCUGUAGUGCACUACAUGGGUGAGUUUGUCGCAAAGAGGGACCUCAAGACUCAAUCAGUAAAGACUGCAAAGACUUGGGCUCCAUGUUGCUUUUCCUCCAGGCCUACGAGAAAGAAGCAUGAUAUUCUAGACCAUUUAAAAGCUUGAUCUCUCUGCUAGUGCGCAGGGAGUUUCAUUAUUCUUAAAGACCGUUGAAUGAAAGCAAAGCAGCGUUCUGAUCUUGUGCCAUAUUUAUCAGCAUCUCAAAUUCACAUGGUUGGGAAAUUCACUUUUAUUUUCCUGUUAACUGCAGUCUAUUUAUUAUCCAUACAUGCUCUAAAUUGCGUGUCUUAUAUUGUGAUUUGUAAAUCCUCUCUCAUUGUCUGAAUGCUUUAAUUAUCUUUCGAGGAAUAAGUUAGGAAUGUUGUUGCAAUGUCUAUCUAGAGCUGGAUUUAUCAUGUUUGUGUAUACUCUUUACUCAUGCAGUUGAAUGAGAUGUUGUAGAGUUAAACACACUGCGGCAGGCAAAUAGGAACAAAAAUGCAACCGCCUGUUCCUCCUCCUUCAUUCUCUACAUGUGGAGCAUACAUUACAAUAUUACCUCUGUCUCUGUCUUAUUCUGCAA